CAUCCUCUCUCUCUCUCUUCUCUCUCUUCUCUCUCCUUUUGCAUGAAUCGAUCUUUUAUAUAUGUUUCUUUCUUUCGUUCAUCUCAUCAUUUGAUUUGUUCUAACUUUGGUUCGUUUGAUUCGGGCCUUUACCUUUGUUCCAAUAGUGAAAUGUAGCUUCCAAACUAGGGUUUUGUGUGUGUGUGUGUGUGUCACUGUAUGUGAUGGCUAUCAAAAGCUGAAUGAAUAUAUUAUGGUUCUCUUAGUAUUUUAAUAAAUGUGUGCUUUUCUACACGUGUCUUUCAUGGCGAUCGAGUACAUAAUCUAUGGCAGGUACUUCUUUUAUUUCCUCUCCCUAAUUCUACUCCAAUCUCACAACAGCAGCAACCAUACCCCUUUUCCUCAUAAUUUUUUGCAUUUUCGCAUUCAAUCCUACAAAAAUUAAGGAUCCCUUCUAGUGGGUUGAGCCGUUGAGGUAAUAAUUAACUUUUUCGAUCUCUAAAUUAUGCUCCUACUUAAAAGUGCCAAAUCAAGGGUUUUUUUAUAUUUUAUUUUUAUAUGAGGAUACAAACCACCAUUUUUAAUUUUAUUUGAAGUUGGCUCAGCUAGAAUUUCAGUUAAUAAUACUGUCAAAGCACUUGCCAGCAGAAUGUACAAACACAUGGAAAUCAAGAGCAGGCUUUAACAAAACAAAAGUUAAUGGUUUUUCUAUUAAUUUGCACAGAUCUUCUGUAGCAAUGAUCAAUCAAUCACUGCUACUAAAGUUGAUUCCUCAUCCUGAAAUCAAGAAAGGCCCAAAAAACACACACGCAAAGUGUAGUGUAGUUAAUAUAAAGAGUGAGACAAUACUAUAUAUGAUAGUGGAGGCCACAUAUAACCUAAAAGUCCCACUACUUCUUCAGUACUACAAGUUAAGCCUCCUAUAAUAUAUAUAGUCACCUCAUCUCAACAUAUUUUUGUCAUCUGUAAUCAUCAAAUUUUAGUAGCUAUAUAAACAAUGAAUGUACAAGAAGCUGCAGUUUUCUGUUCUCUAAUCUCUAGUAACCUGUUCUCUUCAUUUUUUAUUUUGUGCCUGUGGAAAUUUCGCACUCUUUAAUUGAUAGAUUUAUUGUUAUUAGUUCGUUGUCUUAUGCACAUUGCACAUGCGCACAAUUAUUUAUUGGUGGUGAUAAAAAUUUAUAGUUUUUAGUUAGUUGUCUUAAGCACGCUGCACAAGCGCACAAUUAUUUAUUGGUGGUUAUAGAUUUAUAUUUAUUAGUUAGUUGUCUUAUGCACACUGUAUAGGCACACAAUUAUUUGUUGGUGGUGAUAAAUUUCUAGUUAUUAGUUAGUUGUCUUAUGCACAAUGCACAAGCGCACAAUUAUAUUAGCUAUAGAAUUUGAAAAUUUUGCACUCUUAUUUUUUUUUUUGCCCAUGUGAAACUUAAGGGCCUCACAUUUGGAAGUUCGCCUAGGGCCUCUCAAAAUAUUUGGAAUCUCAGGGCUGGCCUUGGGUGGUGAUUGCCACCAUUAAGUGAGACCUGUUACUGUGAGGCGGGACUUAUCACAUACUGUGCCAAUCACAAUUAUUUGUUGGUGCACCAGUCCACUCUGAUACAUGAAAGAAUUUUUAAGUCCAAAAUAAAAACAUCCAGGGUCUGUUCGGUUUUUAAAUCUGAAAACAGUUUUCUGUUUACAAAGAAUUGAAAAUUAAAAAAUUGUACAAAAACUCUUCUUGGUUCAAUUUUCUGAAAACUGGUUUAUGAAAACUUAGUUAUAAAAAGGCCUAUUUUAAACUAAUCGUCUUUUAAAGUUCCUUGAAAAAAGUUUUAUAUUUUCAGAAUUCUUGAGACUUAUUUUCAGAGUUACAAACCAAGCAGGCCAUGAUUCUUAAACCAACUUUCUCCCUCUAGAAGGUGAGUUUACCUUGUAGUUGGGUGGAGGUCAUCAAAAUAUACAACUUAGCCACUCGGGAAUCCAUCAAAUUCGAUGGUCAAAGAGUUUUAUAAAAUAUUUUUGGUGAAUAAAAAUAUAAGUAAGAGAUCCAAUUGGAUAUAAGUCGAAAUAUAAUGAGAAUUCUGGAGUUAAGUAUUUGGUAAAGCUCAGGCCUGGUUUCAAAUUGGACUACCCCUUUCUCAAUAAAAAACACUACUUAUACAGUUAUACGAGUACUAGUUAAAACCUACGUCAAGUUACUCUUUUGCCCAUCUCUAUUACUGGCGAUGAGAUAAUUUCCCAUUGCAAUCCCACAGUUGUGUGGGGAUACAUUCGUAUUUUUAAAGAUUGCUAACAGUAACACCCUGCUGCCUUCUUUCCCCUAGGGCUCCAUUAAGAUUUUCCCUGAUACUUUCUUGGAAAAAAGUCGGGGAAAAUGGACGGAUCUUUAGAAAUCUCUCUUGACAAGCUUCCAAUCAAGCGAUUAGAAGCCAUUGAAGAACAUGGACUCGAACGAUUCCCUUCUGAUGUAGGUUACGAAGAGAAGCGAGUGAACCUAAUUAGGCGAAUAGAUUUUGCAUGGGCCGUGGAGAGAGCAGACCCGAGCAAGAAGCAGAAGAAGAGUUCUUCUUCAAAGGAAACCACAAAACCAUGGCCGUGGCAGAGCAUGGUCGAGAAUCUGCAGUUGGCUCAUCAAGAGCUUUCUGUCAUCAUUGAUCUUAUCAACACCGUAGAAACUAAUGACGCAGUGACAGUGGCUGGCAUGACCAGACCAAAGCAAUUACCUAAUGAACAUUUGUCUGACCUUGCCGUUUCAACGGCAACCAAGCUACAAUGCUUCCGGCAUCUUGGAAAAUAUUUCAAGCAAUCAGCCAAAGCAUUGGAACAGCAGGUUGCUAGGGAAGCGAGAUUCUAUGGUGCUCUCAUCAGAUUGCAGCAGAACUGGAAAGUUAAGCGGCAGCGCGUUGUCUCUUCUGCUCCUGGCAAUGAAGGCUUCUACAUUGAUCUUUUUGACAAUACAUUAUAUGACCCAGUAGCUAUAUUUCGCCCAUCUUCUGUCUCUACGGUUCAUGUAGAGCAUGAUCCAGCUGGGAUGCUUGCAAUAAAUUUACCUCCGAAUUCAAGCCGGUCUCUUCAAUUUGGGUUUCUUAGUGCACAUAUAGAAUCUAGUAAACGGAAUACCGAUUGCUCGCUUGAGGAUCCUUCAAGGGAGACUAAGAGCGAACCUGUAAGUGAUGAUGAGUGUGUCAAAGAAACACACUCAGUCCUCCGCAAAGUUCAUCGGACAAUCUUUGAGGAGCAGGUGUUUGAUCUGGUAAAUCGCGAAGCAUUCAACAUAUCCUUUGGUGUCAAUGUGACUGGUAUACGAGAAAACUACUUACAGUUGAGCAUAGGUCAAGGAGACACCGUGUUUAUUUCACUUGUGCCAUCUGGGCAAGAUAAUCAAACAGUAGAUAAUGCAAGCUCUCAAAAUUUGGAAACUGCGCUUAUAACUUUUGAAACAUCUGAUGGGUCAAAGUUAGCAGAUGGAAAAUACGUCAACUUAGAAAAGAAUUUAGGAUUCCCUAGUAGAAUUAGUUUUGAAAUUUAUUUACAACAAAUUUUUCACGAACAUGUGUUUGUAAGAGCAAAGGAUAGAUCAGUUUCUUCUGGUAGAGCUCAGUUAUCUGGUCAACCUGCGAAGAAUGAGCAAAAUCUUCUGGGUCAUUUCUGCAUGUCUCUGGCACACAGGAUCUUUUCAAACAAAGUUCUUUCAGAGCUAGAAACUCUGGUUUCAAGGGUUCCUUAUGUACAUUUGAUAUCCCAUCCCACAUGGCAUUCUCGGACAUCUUCGUGGACACUCUCAAUGAAUGUUCCGCAGUCCAUUCUUCAUGCUGGACAUCAUACCCAGAGAUCUGACAUCUACCACGUGAAGGAUGUAAAGUCACAUUUCCGAACUAAGGUGGUAGUAAAUGAUGAUUGCAUCAAUGUAGAAGGAGAAGGUGCUCCUAAUGUUGUUGGCCUGUUCAAAGGGAAGUGUGAGAAUAUCUGUUCUAUGAACAGAUAUGACUGUGACUUGGCAGAUCUUCCUAUGAUACUGCUGCAGCAGAUUGCAAGCCAAGUAGUUCGGUGGCUGCAUGAGGAAGCUCUUUUGGUGGGAAUGAAAGGGAACAGGGACUUUUUGUGCUUGUCCUUCGAGCUGGAGCAAGGUGAAACACUUGGUUUGGUGGCACACGUGGACCCAGAAGAUACCCAAGGCUGCAUCUCCUGGUGGCUGGUGAUGGAUGAUGGAUUCACAGGGGAACACAGACUGCACACAGAUGUUUCUAGUGGUGUAUCUGAAAGUAGGAAAUUUUUGGGUUACUUAUCUUUGGAUGUGUUAUAUUCAACAUUGAUGGACUUGGUUAGCCUAUGCAGUGGUGUUGGCAGCCAUUGAUUCUGCUGCACCAGACAGGUGCUUGUAUUGCUAGUUGUGAAAUGCAAAGUUUCUGAAGUGCAUUAUUGCUUUGCUAA